UGAAAGUGUCGUGCUGCGGGCGCCCUUUGCGGCAGACCUUCGCGUUGCGGAGAUCUGCUGUCGUUGCGGCCAGAGAGGAGACAAGGGCAACCGGGGGAGAACGCAGUCAUGCCGUUCUUUGAUGUGCAGAAACGGCUGGGCCUUGACCUGGACCGCUGGAUGACAGUGCAGAGUGCAGAGCAGCCUCACAAGAUUCCAUCUCGGUGCCAUGCUUUUGAAAAAGAAUGGAUAGAAUGUGCACAUGGGAUUGGUAGUAUUCGAGCAGAGAAAGAGUGCAAGAUAGAAAUGGAUGACUUCGUAGAAUGUCUGCUUCGGCAGAAAACGAUUCAUCGCCUGAAUACCAUUAGGAGGCAGAGGGAUAAGCUAAUCAAGGAAGGGAAGUACACACCUCCACCCCACCACUCGGGCCAGGAAGAGCCUCGGCCCUAGCAGAGCAGCUGCAGUGGCUGGAGGUGGAUUUUCAUGUUCUCUUUUCUCCUCUGGAAAGUUUAUUUACUGACAACCUCUUUGUGAAAAUGUCUAAAAAUAAAGGCUUGUUCCACCUUA